AUCACAUCGCCCCCAUCACACUGGCUAGCUAGUUGUCUCGCGACUCACCUGCCCACCACACUAGUGUUUGUUGUUACCGCCCCGCACUUCCCAUCGUCUCAGACAGCUAGCUGCAGCAGUGCAGUGCAUUGCUGCUAUUGUCGCACUCACGACCCGUCUGAAACCGAUACAGCGUGAAAGUUUAAACCACUCGUCUCGAGCUCCCACGCACGACGCGGAAAGCAAAAGCGCGGACGGACGGGUACCUCGGCCUUGGCACCCACCACCUGCCGCGGCAGAGUCCAAGUGGUCUCAUCUCAUUCAUUCCGCCUGCUCCUGCUGCCCCUGCCCAUCUCUCACUCGGUCGACCUCUUUAUAACCCAUUCCUCCAUUGCCACUUGCUCAUCGCUGCACACCGAGCAAGCAAUGGCGACGACACUUGUUGUGCCGGCGUACCCCGCGCUCCCAUCACUGCGGUACCGCUCGAGCCUGACAUCCAAGGGGAAAGCGCGGACCGGUGCGAAAGUCAAGAUCAUCACAAAGGCCAUCGGGCCAGCUACCGGCCUCGCAUGGGAAUUUGGCGCAUGCUCCGCCGCGUCGUCGUCGUCGUCGACAUGCUCGAGCCCCGCCCCGCGCAGCUCGAGCAGCAGCUCGAGAGCAAGCCUGUCCACCACGUGGUCGUCGGGGUCCGAGGCAACAAGCAGCGGCACCGACGCCGCGCCGACGCUGCGCCACCUCGCCGCGCUCGACGAGUACGCCGGCUUCAACGCGCAGACUGUUAACGGCCGCCGGCCCGUCGUGAAUGUUACGGCGCAUGCCAUGGGGACACACGACGUCGACGAGCUCGUCCACAUGCUCAACCAGCCCGGCGUCGCCGCCCUCGAGGUCAGCUUCAAGGCCACGACCACGUCGGCAAACUACGGGCGCCAGUUUCUCGACGCGCUAGCCGUCCCCCACCUCGUUAGCCUGACGCUACGGCCCGACAGGCGCUGGAGCACCAUCGCCGCGAUAGACGACUACCUGCGCUCGGAGCGUUCAGCGGGGCUGCAGCGUCUGAGGAUUUAUGCCCCGUGGCUCGGCCACCAGCACCUGCGUGCGCUGAUUACGGCCGCCGAGGAGGGCCACGCCGCGCGCACCCUCACCACGCUGUGCCUCCGCGGCUGCUGGGUGUAUGGCGAGGCGUGUGUGUGCGACUCUAUCCGCCGCCCCUCGCCCAACGAGGUGCGCAGGGACCCGCGCUUCGGCCCGUCGGCGGUCGAGCUGGCCCGCAUUGGCCCGCUCGUGACGCGCAACCGCUUCUACGCGGCCAAGGUACGCCGUUCAGCGCUCAAGAUGCUGGUUGUUUCGCGGAUCCUGCUCGACGCGAGGCCGGCCCCGGCGUUCGCUCCGCCCACGCCGCGCGCCUCGUCUUCCCCCUUGGUGCCUACCAUGUCCUUGGCCCCGCCAUCAUCGUUCGGCAAGAAGGGCAAGCUCCGGCGCAUGUUCUCGUCCGGCUCGCUCAGCAAGUCGAUCACCAAGAGCCCCAGCGGGCUGCGCAAGGCGAUUCCGCUGUUCGGCGCGCCGCCAGCGCCAGAAGCCACCACCAAGGCGCCGCUACUCCCGCCGAUUCUCCGCCUGCCCACCGAGCUCCGCCUGCGCAUUGCCGCGCUGGCCGCCGACGAACCGGCGCUCCUCAGCACUGACCAGGCCAGCCGCGUCGCCAAGCUCGCCGAGGACACGGGCAGCCUCGCAAGGAUUGCCGGCGCGCUGCAGGCUUCCGUGGACAAGGGCAUGGCGGUCGAGGCUGUGCGUGACGAGUGGCUCGCGUGCGGCGGGUUCACGUACCAGUUGUAGGCUGGCGGCGACUUCGCCGCCGGCCAUAAGUGUGUAAGUGGUGCAGCGCCACACCAGUGACAUGUGUGUACACCAUGGAUUGUAGGACAAUACUGUAGAAUAGACAAGCAUGGCAUGUGG